AUGCCGGCUGCUAAUCUGGUGGAACAAAAACCAAAAAAGGAAGAGGACAACUAUCCAAGGUAACAAAAUAUAACAGAGCCUUGCGAUAUGGUGUGGCGAAUUUGUGCAAGUAUCAGAUGAGCCUUCGCAAAAAAUGAUUUCUUAUUAAGUUAAUAAGCUUACUGCGUGCUAUUUUAAAUCACUUUACAGAAUCACAAAGAAGCUUCUAUUUCAACUCUGCAAAGAACAUAAGUUGUAUAGAACACCAUACCUCAAUGAUGUUCUUUAUCUUCACUAUAAAGGUAGGCAAUGUGAUUGCAUGUAAAUAUUAAGUAAGCUUAAGUUUAUGAAAAAAUGAAAUGAGAAGUGCUGGGUUAUUGCCAAAUUAUAAAGGUUUAUAUGGUAAAGUGAACAACUUUCAAAUCGUGCAUGUGGCAGUUAUUGCUGGAUUACAGUAUUAAACUAUUUAAUAAUCAUUGCCUUUAACUCAUUUUUUGGCUGACAGGCUUUGCUAAGAUAGAAAACCUAGAGGAAUACAGUGGACUGAAGUGUCUGUGGUUGGAAUGCAAUGGAAUUAGCAGAAUUGAAAAUCUCGAAAACCAGAAAGAGUUACGAUGCCUGUGAGUAUUUAGAGUAUUGUACAAGCGGGUUCCCUGAUGAGGAGGCCAGGGUAGGGCAUAUUGAAUUCCAACUACAUAACACAUGUGCCUUUGCAAGGAGGAAAUAAAAAAAAAUACUGUAUUUACUUUAGUCUUUUUUUACUGGACUUGUCAGGAUCAAAUGGCCACAUUUGUGGUUGUGAGGGUUGGUUGUUAAGGGGAUAACACAACACUUUUUGGACAGGUACAAAUUUUGAAGUAAAAAACAACUCAAAGUAAGUAAGGUGAACCCUGAGAAAACAGCCAACAUAUUUCAAUGCUACCUCUGGUUUCCCUGUGAAAUUACAUCUGAGGAAUGAACACAGAAAUUCCGUAGUGAUGAGGUUCCACUAUCCAGAUUUGGUAGCGCUUCUGAUCAGAUGAAGCAAACUUUCAAUCAAUCAGAAGCACUACCCACAAUACUUGUCACAAAUCAUUGAAACAAGGGCCAUUUGUCUUGAAUUUUCUCCAAAUUUCUUACAUCCACUCCUGAUACCCUCGUUCCCACUCAAAUGUGCCCCUCUCCUUCCCCAAUUUUGAGCCACGGGUAUUUUGGAGCACGGAGACGACUGUAAUACCCAAAUUAAUAUUGGGGAAGGGGAAAAUUGCACAAGUGUUUCAAAAUUUGUAACGAGUAUUGCAGAUCUGGGUAUAAGUGGAAUGUCAUCAGUAUAGAAUUUCUCAGUGGGUUCCUCAGAAGUCAUUUUGCAAGGAAACCAGUGGAGGAGUUGCAAAAUGUCAGCUGUAUUUUCAGGCUAAGUAUAAGGUGCAGUUAGCGCAUUAUUUCCCCAGCUUGAUUGCCCUCAGUUAAGCAGCCAUUGCCAUGUGGAGAGGAGGCCAUUGUAGGGAUUAAAACAAGACUAGAUGUAUGGAAUAUCAACCACAACCAAACAAAGAGGCCACUGAACACGUAGAAAGGCAGCUGUUGGUAGAGGUUUAUAGGGUAUCAGAAUUGUUGAUAUUAUCUAAUCAAGUAUGUGUUGUUUGGAUUUAGGUAUCUUCAACAGAACCUACUAACAAAGCUAGAAAAUGUAGAGCAUUUGGAAUACUUGGACACACUGAAUGUGAGCAACAAUACAAUUUCCAAGAUUGAAAAUAUCAGUAAGUGUUAAACUACAUUGUAUAACAAAAUUAAUUAAUAUUAGAUAGGGGCAUACUAUAUAUCAAAAAACGAGUGCAUAGCAAUUUAUUCAAUCAACCUGGGUUCUAGAGGGAAUUUUUAAAGAUGGAUUUCCAGUAGAUAGAAUGAGCUUGCCAGCAGAUGAUAAACAGCAAUGCCUAUUCUAGGGAUUCUGCAGAUAAUAUUAGGACCUGCCAGCACACAGUUGAAAAGGUGCAAUUAAAUUAUUGUUUAAUAUAAUGUUUAACUUUAAAAACUUGAUAUAGUAUUAAGCGAGGUGCUUUUACACAUUAAACAGGUGGUAUUCCUAAACUGAGCACGCUGCAAAUAUCGCACAAUCGGUUAUCAACUGCUGAUGACUUAAGGCAUUUAACAGAAUGUCACAAUCUCAGGUAUGCUUUAAAAUGAAUUUUAGGAACUACUACCAAUGACACACUUUAGAAAGCUGGUUCAAUUAAUAACUAGGGACGAAGGCCACUGAAUUGAAGUCAGUAGGUGCAUUAAGCCAAAACUUAACAAUAGUGACUGAACAAAAGAACUGAAAAUUUUACUAACAAUAAAACAACCAAAUGUGACUGCAGUGUACAGCGGUUUUCUGUGACGCACAUCCGGGACUUGCAUCGGGGAUGUAUUAAAAUGAGAGAGUAUGCAAAGAUCAGUGUUGUUACUGAUUGAUAGGAUGGUACACUGUAUUAAAAGUGUAUUAAUUUCACAAGCCUCUUUGUUGGUUUUCUAUACAAUGAUGAAAAUUGGGUUUGAAAUCAGCACCACCCUCUCAUCCAGUGACAUCACAGGUUACUUGACAGUCAACCAACCCAAUAAUAUCACAUCAUUUAACAGAAUGUCACAAUCACAGGUAUUACAUGUAAUAAUGUAUUCUAAAAAUUAUGAUACUAUUGAAAAAAAAGCGAAUGACAUCACAGGUUAACUGACAGACAACCAGUAACGUCAUGACUUAAUUGACUAAUCAGGCCAAUAACUAGAGUUUAAUACCAUCAACUGAGGAUAUAAACUCAUUUUGAUUUUUAAAGAUAACACCCAACAAAGGUUGUUGUAUAAACGUCAGUGACACUGCAUAACAUCAUGUGCCAUUCUAAGACAGACAGCCAAAUAAGAGUACAUGUAAAUUCUUUUUCGCAGGACACAUCUAUCUAAUUGUCACACAAAUUUGUGAUAACUUACUAUUGCUUCAUUUUCCACAGUGUAUUAGACGUAUCACACAACAGAAUUGAUGAUCCUGAAGUUCUAGAAGUUCUUGCAUCUAUGAAAAAUCUUGUAAGUCUUAUGUACUAGGUUCUUCAGUUUUGUCCAAACAUUCAUACGUUGUGGUUUAAUAUCCUUCGAUUAAAUUUUAUUUCUCUUUGGUUUAAUGUAUGAUAAUGAGUUUGAAAUAAAGGGAAAUAAAAUUUAAACCAAGGAUGAAAUUGAACCACAACAAAGAUAUAAUAUCGAUUGAAUUUUGUGGGUACCUUUUUGCCCAGUACCCUUUGUUUAUUUAACACAAUGAUCACACUUCAGAUUCCUCAUUGAAUGAAAAAUAGGACCAGCAUCAGAGGUUUCUGAGCAAGCACUGUAAUUUUGUGCCUACCCAACAAAAUGGAAAUGGGAGACCUUGUUAAUGCCUACUUUCUUGACUUGCUUAUUAGCCACCCUGUUAAAAGUUGCUGCAGUUACAUGUACAUGUUGUGUGAGCACUCAUAUAAAUUAUCUACUUUAGCUGAAUGAAGUUAAAGACAGUACCACUUUAAAUCAAAUGAUCAGCUUGAAAAUUUGACUGUUGCUUCUUUUCCCAAAUGACCAGCAUGUUCUCAAUAUGAUGGGUAAUCCAGUUAUAAAGAAGAUCAAGAACUACAGGAAAAUGUUCAUCAUUAAAAUAGUGAGUAAUCAUUGGUUUUCCUGGUUUUUUCCACAAAGUAUUGUAGUCAGUCAAAUUAGCCAAUGAAAGUUCCUUGCUGUCUUUUUUCUUUCUUAAUUCUAUUUUAUCUUUGUUUUGUUUUUUUUUUGCCCACGUUUCCAUUCGUUUCCACGCCGUAGCUCUCUCAUUUUAACUAAUUAUGUUCACUAUAUAUUUUUGUUGUUGUUGUUCUCUUUAGAAAGAGCUGCGAUACCUAGAUGACAGACCAGUUUUUCCAAGGGAAAGGGCCUGUGCCGAAGCUUGGUGA